AUGGCGUGCUGCUCGCACGACCACGACUGCGACGCGUCGACGUGCGCAAACGCCUCGCUUCACGCCUUCGUGGACGUCCCGGGAGUGGUGGCGUUCAACGCCGUGAACGACGAGAACGCGGGAAGAGUGUGCGGACCGUGGGAGAGUCGACACGACGACGCGAGAGAGGCGCUGGUGAGCGACGACGACGGCGAGCUGGUGAUUCGGAUCCCGUUCACCGCGGACGUGAAGCUGCGAGGGAUCAUGGUGAUCGGGGGCGGCGGUGGACGGGCGCCGAGGGAGAUGCGCGCUUUCGCGAACCGCCGGGACGUGGACGCGGUGAACGCGGAGAGGAAGACGCCGACGCAGCGUUGGGAUCUCACACGAGACGACUUGGGGGUGUUGGAAUAUAACACCGAGGCGAUGAGUUGGCAGUCGACGUCGAGCGUGACGCUGUACUUCCCUGGGAAUUUUAAUGGAGAGGGAGAAACGGAGAUUAAGUACGUGGGCUUGCGAGGCGAGGGCACAGGAUACGAUCGGGACAUGAUCGUCACGGCAGUGUAUGAGGCUCGGCCGCAACCAAAAGAUCACGAGGUGCCCGAGGACGAGACGCAGGCGGCCACUAGGCUCGGGAUGUAG